UGGCUCCUUUCGCGGUGUCUGGGCCUUGAGAUGCGCAGUUCCCAGGCCUUUCCUAGCUCCAGACAUCUGUGGAGUAUAAGAGCACCAUGGAACCCAUCAGAGUAUAUCACUGAAGAAUAUGAUGGCUGAAAGCAAUUUUGAUAGGCUAAAGAUACAACGGUGUGUAGGAGCCAACAAACUACCCAGAAACAGGCCGUAUAUUUGCAAUAUUUGCUUCAAGCACUUUGAAACACCAUCAAAAUUAGCGAGGCAUUAUCUCAUUCAUACUGGUCAAAAGCCAUUUGAAUGUGAUCUGUGUCAUAAAACCUUUAGACAGCUAGUUCAUCUGGACAGACAUCAGCUAACUCACAAUAUGCCUUUUAAAUGUAAUGUUUGUCAGCGCCAUUUUAAGAAUUUGAAGCCAUUUGUGAAGCAUCAACAACUUCACAAUGAACCCUAUCAGAAUGAUGUUAAGCAGACACGAAGAUUGCUGGAGCCCAAGCAAGAAAAAGCAGUGUAUGGAGCAUAUAAUACUUUUGCCACAGAGGAGAGAUGGGCAUUACACCCAUGCUCUAAGUCUGAUCCCACGUAUAGCACUACGAAGAGAGGAAAGAGUAUUCAUGCAUGUACGCUCUGUAGCAAGAUGUUUCCAUCACAGUCAAAACUUGAUAGGCAUAUACUUACUCAUACUGGUCAGAGGCCUUUUAAAUGUGUCCUGUGUAGUAAAUCUUUCCGACAGUCAACACAUUUAAAAAUCCAUCAACUCACACAUUCAGAAGAAAGACCUUUUCAAUGUUGUUUUUGUCAAAAAGGAUUUAAGAUUCAAAGCAAACUUCUGAAGCAUAAACAAAUCCAUACAAGGAGUAAGACUUUUCAGACUCUCUCAUUAAAGGUGAAGAGUCCAGAAUCAUGCCCCCUGCCUAAUAAAUUAAAUUCAAAUCAAGAUGGUUUUGAAAAUGGCAAUAUGGAUGAAUCUGAGGAGAACAAUCCACUUGAUGUCCACUCUAUUUAUAUUGUUCCUUUUCAAUGUCCAGAGUGUGAAGAGUGUUUUGAAUCAGAGCAGAUUCUCAAUGAGCACAAGUGUUUUCCUUCUGCCAGAGGUGGCAAAAUUCCAAAAAGACUGAAAAGAAGCUACAGCUAUAAAACCAUUCUUAAAAAAAUCCUGGACAAGCUUAAACGAGCUAGAGGUAAAAAAUUAGAUAAAUUUCAAUCUGAGAAGAAAGUAUUUAAAAACAAUUUCUUGAAAAAUCGUGAUCUUUCUGGUGAGCAGAACUCUGAACAAGCCCAAAGGACAUUUAUGGGCUCUCUUGGGAAAAAUGGAACAUAUAAGACAGUUGGCAAUAAAAAGAAGAAAGCAUUGACAUUGCCAUUUUCUUGGCAAAGGCAAUUCCAGAGCCAAAGUAUGGGAAAAAAUUUAAAAGGUAUUCUUACAACAGAAAACAUAAUAACCAUGGAUAAUUCAGUAAAUAAUAAGGACUUACCAAGCUGUGGUUCACCAGGUGAGGAAUUCUUUAGUAACUGUGAGGUACUUCAGUGUGGGUUCUCAGUUCCAAGUGAAAACAUACAUACUGGACAUAAGAUAUGUCCUUGUGACAAAUGUGAUAAAGUAUUUCCUUCUGUAUCCAAACUACAAAGACACUAUUUAAUUCAUACUGGACAAAGGCCUUUUGGCUGUAAUGUUUGUGGGAAGUCUUUUAGACAGGCAGCUCACUUAAAAAGACAUACACAAACUCAUGUUGAAAAGAAUCCUUAUAGAUCUCUUUUCCAAUCAGAAUUUGCAAAUAUGAACAAACUUUGCAUUCAUACGUGUGAUGUUAACUGUAAUGCUUCUCAUCAGGUCUCAGAGACAGAUCAAACAUCAGAAGGAGGCGUUAAAGCAGAAUCAGAGGGUUUCGUUCUUGGUACCCACUGUAGGCAGCCCUGUCAUUCAGAGCAGGGCCAUCAUUGUUACAGUUAUGCAGGGCAUCAGGAGAGAACUGAGGAUGGCCUCCUUUACUAUUGCAGUGUUUGUUCUAAAAGUUUCCGAUCCCCAUCUAAACUGGAAAGACACUAUCUAAUUCAUGCAGGUCAGAAACCAUUUGAAUGUUCAGUUUGUGGCAAAACAUUCAGACAGGCUCCUCACUGGAAGAGACAUCAACUUACUCACUUUAAAGAACGACCACAAAAGAAAGUGGUCUUAGAUUCUGUUGUAUAACUGAAACAACCACUAAUGUGUUGUCUCUGAUGAUCUUCAAGCCUGUAUUUAAAGUGUAUUCUAUCAAAAGGCCUGCAGUAGAUUGAUUUAAUAGGCAAUUGCUUGUCCUGCAUAGUGAGGAGGUAAAAUACAUAGAAAAUUAAUGUUUUAGGAGCAGCCAAGUUAAUUUUUAGGAGGAAGAGCAUAAUUUUGAUGCCAUGAGAUAAGCAUUUAUUUUAGUUAAUAUUAUAAACAUGUUUUUGGUACUUUAAAAGUUAAAAAUCCAUGGGGUUAUAUAAUAAUUCAGCCUCGUUCAUUUUUUAAAGAAAUUAUUUCUUAAGACUUGCUAUCUCAUUUUGCUUUUUAGCUUUUUGAGGUAUACUCAAAAGACUGAGAGGCUAAAAUUGGCUUUUAGUUGCAGCAAGUAGCCCCACUGUUUCAUUUAUUUUACCUUUCACAUGAAAGCAUAAUUAUGUCUGCCUACAGCUCAAAUUGCAUUGCAAAUUUUUUUUCUUAUAAGUUUAAAAAACUGUAGAGGGAAUAAAAGUAAAAAAUGGAUGAGAAAAUUAUAGCAUUAUUUUCAUCAGUCUCUUCAAAGCUGUUUAUUCUUAGAACUAUGUGGUAACGUCACCUCUUUUUUCUCAGGUGAUGAAGAUUCUUUUAUUACCCAGGCUGCAGUUGUAUUUCUCAAAAGAACUUAAAAGAGAGGCUAGGAUGCAUCCAAACACAUUUACCAUACUUGCUUACUAGGAAUAUUUUCCAAGUGCCAUAGUCUUUUUGAUAAUAUGUAUACAGUUUUAUCUUUUCAGAGGAAUAAGUGCAUUCAUCUAUUUCCUUGUUAAUGAUUGACAGCAGUAGUCAUAGACUUGAGACUCAUACAGAUCUGCAUCUCCCUAAGAACUUUACAUUUUAGUAAAACUGUCUUAUUAUGCCUCGAGAGGUCCUAUAAUGUAACUAAGCCUGUUCUACUAAAUUUUAUAAAAUGGCAGUGACUAGGUCUAGUUUUAGUUUUUAUUCCUCUAUGUUUUUGCAAGACUCUAAUGCUAAAGAAUGUUAUUUUGAUCCUUAUUAAAUUUUUAUACAGGCAUUCCUGUAUAGGAACAAGGUGCUUAUAGUGUUAAAGGUAUCAUUCUUCUAGACAGAAUUAUCACAAUUUGGGAGAUAUUUUAUUCUGAACUAUGGAAGAUACAUUCAUAAUCACAAUUUGUCCCCUGUAUUUGCUAUUGUUUGUAAAAUCUUUUAAAAUGAUAUUUUGUAGCAAUAAAAGAAAGUAGUCAUUUUGUUUCUAAGGUGAAAAGAACAGGUGGAUAUUUAUCAUAGCGCAUUUAAAUACAACAGAAACUCUGUAAGUUGACCAUGCAAGGGACUGUGACCAACUAGUCAGCAUAUGGAGGUGGUCAACUUAAGGAACUAGGCCUUCUGUCCUGGUUCAUACAUGUGGUGCAUGUCCAGUCUAUGAAAAUUAGACUAAUUAGACCACUUAAGGAAGUGAUCAACGGUGGAGGUUCUAUACUGUAUAGUGAAAAGCCCUGUACUGAGAACGUAGAUAAAUGAAGUUUUGCAUUAUAUUCUUAGAACUGUCUUGAGAGAAGGGGGGUGGGGUGGGAGGUGGAUUUGAUCUGUUUAUUUUACUAUAAGUGAAUUUUAAGUAACUGGGGUUUAAUUUACAGAGACGAAACAUGACAAUAUGAGUAAAAAACCUAAUGAUGUACAAAUGUUUAUGUUUUUUAAGUAGAUAGAGACAUCCAGCUACACAAAGGAGAAUCAUAUGCUUUACAGAAUAAUUUCUCUGUUCAGGAGGCUGAGGCAAGAGAAUCGCUUGAGCCCAAAAGUUUGA